AUGGAUCGCAGCGGCGGCGGCGGCGGCGGCUCUGGCGACCGCGGGCAGCGCGCAGAGGACGGCAGGGCGCUCCCCGCAGAACCGCCGCCGGGCCCCGAGGGCACCCGCCCCGCAGCCGCGCCGUGCCGCCGGGCCCUGCUGCACUGCAACGGCAUGAGGUACAAACUGCUGCAGGAGGGGGACAUCCAGGUGUGCGUCAUCCGGCACCCCCGGACGUUUCUCAGCAAGAUCCUCACCUCCAAGUUCCUGCGGCGGUGGGAGCCGCACCACUUGACCCUGGCGGACGGCGCCGUCGCUUCGGCCACGCCAACUGGGUACAUGGAAAACUCCAUUUCCUACAGUGCUAUUGAAGAUGUUCAACUGCUGUCCUGGGAGAAUGCCCCUAAGUACUGUUUACAGCUCACGAUCCCAGGGGGUACUGUCUUACUUCAGGCUGCAAACAGUUACCUGAGGGAUCAGUGGUUCCAUUCUUUGCAGUGGAAGAAGAAGAUAUACAAGUACAAGAAGGUGCUCAGCAACCCCAGCCGCUGGGAGGUGGUGCUGAAGGAGAUCAGGACACUGGUGGAUAUGGCGCUGACAUCUCCGCUCCAGGAUGAUUCAAUUCACCAAGCACCACUGGAGAUCGUCUCAAAACUGCUCUCAGAGAACAACAACUUAACCACUCAAGACCACGAGAGCAUUAUUGUGGCAAUUGCACCUUUGCUGGAAAACAACCAUCCUCCUCCCGACCUCUGUGAAUUUUUCUGCAAGCACUGCCGAGAGCGCCCACGGUCAAUGGUUGUGAUAGAAGUGUUCACACCAGUGGUACAGCGGAUUCUCAAACACAACAUGGAUUUUGGGAAAUGCCCUCGAUUGCGUCUGUUUACUCAGGAGUACAUUCUGGCUUUGAAUGAGCUGAAUGCUGGAAUGGAGGUGGUGAAGAAGUUUAUUCAUAGCAUGCACGGUCCAACGGGACAAUGCCCCCAUCCUAGAGUUCUGCCAAAUCUUGUAGCUGUCUGCUUAGCAGCCAUUUAUUCAUGUUACGAAGAGUUUAUCAACAGUCGAGACAAUUCGCCAAGCCUGAAGGAAAUUCGGAAUGGCUGCCAGCAGCAAUGUGACCGAAAGCCUAAUCUCCCCCUCCGCCUUCUUCACACGAGUCCUGACCUGGUCUCUCAGGAGGCUACCUUGACUGAAUCCCGGCUCAAGCCAGUCAUUGUCACUUCAAAUGAGAUCCAUGUGGAAGUGGAGCACAACAACAAGGCUAAUCAGAAGAUGACAGCCAACGUGGGCAAUGACAGCGAGCCCAACCUGAUUGACUGCUUGAUGGUCAGUCCCACCUGCAGCACCAUGAGCAUUGAGCUGAGCGCCCAGGCAGACAGGAUCCUUGGCUGCUAUGUGGAAAUACUCAAGAUGCUGUGAGUAACUAUUUUAAACAGCGUUUUGAACAGU